AUGGAGCGGCGAUAUGCGUACUCUGUUAGAAGCAUCAUACCAGGGACGCAGGUGCCCCUCCCCAGUGCCGCGCCCGCUUCUCUGCAGGACCUGGAGGUUCCCCUGCUGUUUUAA